AUGGAGCACUAUACAACGAAUCCACUAAUGGAGGAGAUCAACGCGGGAACCGCUGGAAUCGUAUCAUUGAUCGCCAAUGGAUUAUUGAUUUAUUUGACUUCAAAAGUGAAGACGUACUCGGAUACAGUCCGCUUGGCACAGUAUUAUUCAUGCAUUUUUCGAUUAGCUUUUUCGUUAUUGGUUUUUGUGACGGCACCGACAAUAAUGUACAUCAGCGAAGUGAAAGCUCUAUACAUUGUCAAAGGCGGAAUCGACAUGUCCCGAGAAUUGGGAAACAAUCUGAUAAACCUAUUCUUAGUUCUAGUAGUCACUUCUUGUACGGGUCCAACAGUUCAGUACCUGCAGGUUGCUUAUCUUUUAUCAAAUCCAGCUCUCAAAAAUCAUACGGUUCUCCGACUGGUUAUAAAUGCAGUUCCUCUUUUGGUAGCCAUCCCCACAUCCAUAUUCAUUUAUCUUGGAUACAUACCGACUUCUUAUGAAAUGGAUAUCUCCGAGUCUUUGAUACAAGAAAUAACCGGACAUGAAGAUAGUUCAUUUUUAAUUGCUCCUGAAGAGAAAGUAGGUCAAAUUCUAGUUGAUCUUGAAAUUUCUGGUGUUUUGAAGAUAAUGAUGCCUGAAACGGGAACUAUGGAGUAUGAUGUCUGGGCUCGAAUAUGCACAUUUUUCAUGUUCACAGCAAUGGUUUUAUCCGUGUUAGUGGUUGUUGCUUGUUUCUCGCACAUGCAGAAAAUGAUGAGUAAAAAGAAGUCAGUGACGACGCAGCAAUCGCUUAAAUCACAAAAACAGUUGAAUCUAUUGCUGAUGGUACAGUUCAUCUUCCCUUUCAUCACCAUCCAUAUCCCCUUCUACACUGCCUUUAUCCUCCCGUAUGCUGAUAUUGAAUUCACAAUUCUUUCUUCAAAUCUACCGUAUCUUUUUUCUUGGUGUCCUGCCAUUAACCCAAUUUUAGUGAUUUGUAUGGUCAAGAACGUUCGAGACACACUACUUGGAAGUCGGAAGAACACGCCCAACACUGGUGUCACAUUCACAUCGAGUCAUGCACUUGCUGUCAAGAAUUCAGUGAUUGUAAAGAAGUGA